UGGUGCGCCCCACCUCGUGCUCAACAGAAGGCACAGGACGCCAGUCACUCUGUGUGAUUUACUCGUAAUGAUUGAUGCUGCCGUUUGUACCAUAUCCCCGUUAAACCGCAGGUUAAAUCGCACGGCUGUCGUGGUUAUUUUAGCAGAUCUCUACAGAAAUAUGUUUUUCCUCUAAAUUCAGUUCACACACACGAGCCUCUCCGCGCGCAGAGGCGACGCGUCGCUGGCUCCCGGUUGAACGGCGGCAGGACGAUGGCACUGCGUUGGACGGUCUCUCUGUGUCUGUCCUCGGUGGUCUAUUACGAUUUUAAUUAGCUGAUAACGUUAACAUACUUUUCACAUUUAAGGCGGACGGAUGUGGGAGCAACGACUGCUCUGAUUAUGGAAAAGGAGUCCAGGUUUGAAGACCUCUGAUCUAAUUGGGUCCACGGCCAGCCAGGUCGCCAAUCAGGCGACAGCCAGGCUCACUGAGGAGGGAGACCAACAGUGAGACUGGAAGACCCUCUUAUCGCACCCACACUGCUUCACCCAUCCCACUCCAUCGUCACCACCAUGUCUCUACCCAGUGGCAGCCCAGAAAGAGAGGGCUCUAGUGGGGCUCCCCCUGAGCUAGAGUGCCCUUCUUCCCCUCCUGGCAUGGACCCUGACCCCUCAUCAACAGGCAGCCCAGUGCUCAGCCCAGACUCAUCUUCCCAUGAUACACUGCUGUCAGCACCAGCAGCCUCCCCGGCAGACUCGGAGAACCUGAGCCCUGAAGAACUGGAGCUACUGGCCAAGCUGGAGGAGCAGAACAGGUUGCUGGAGGCUGAUUCCAAGUCCAUGCGGUCGAUGAGCGGUUCACGGCGCAACAGCGGCUCCUCGCUGGUGUCCAGCUCCUCGGCCUCGUCCAACCUGUCACACCUGGAGGAGGAUACCUGGAUCCUGUGGGGCCGCAUCGUAAACGAGUGGGAAGAGUGGAGACGCAAAAAGGACAAACUCCUGAAGGAGUUGAUCAGGAAAGGCAUCCCUCAUCAUUUCCGUGCCAUCGUCUGGCAGCUACUAGGCAACGCCACUGAUAUGCCGGUGAAGAACCAGUACUCUGAGCUGCUAAAGAUGUCGUCCCCCUGCGAGAAACUCAUCCGCAGAGACAUUGCCCGCACCUACCCCGAGCAUGAGUUCUUCAAAGGCCAGGACAGCCUGGGGCAGGAAGUCCUUUUCAAUGUCAUGAAGGCUUACUCCCUGGUGGAUCGAGAGGUGGGCUACUGCCAAGGCAGUGCAUUCAUCGUUGGUCUGCUGCUUAUGCAGAUGCCCGAGGAAGAGGCGUUUUGUGUUUUUGUGCGUCUGAUGCAGGAGUACCGUCUGAGGGAGCUGUUCAAACCCAGCAUGGCCGAGCUGGGCCUCUGCAUCUACCAGUUUGAGUAUCUGCUACAGGAACAACUUCCAGAGCUGAACGUCCAUUUUCGAUCCCAGAGUUUCCACACGUCCAUGUAUGCCUCGUCCUGGUUCCUCACUCUUUUCCUAACCUUCCUCCCUUUGCCUGUCGCCACGCGCAUCUUUGAUAUUUUCAUGUAUGAGGGCCUAGAGAUUAUCUUCCGUGUGGGCCUGGCCAUCCUGCAGUACAACCAGACUGACCUCAUUCAGCUGGACAUGGAGGGCAUGUCACAGCAUUUCCAGAAAGUGAUCCCCCACCAGUUUGACAGCUGCCCAGACAAGCUGAUCCUCAGGGCCUACCAGGUCAAAUACAACCCCAAGAGGAUGAAGAAACUUGAGAAAGAAUAUACCGCAAUCAAGAACAAAGAAAUGGAGGAACAAAUUGAGAUCAAGAGGUUACGCACAGAAAACAGGCUGCUGAAGCAGAGGAUUGAGACGCUGGAGAAGGGUCAGGUGACGAGGGCGCAGGAAGCAGAGGAGAACUACGUGAUCAAACGGGAGCUGGCUGUGGUGAGGCAGCAGUGCAGCACAGCCAGCGAGAGCCUCGAGAAAGCGCAGGACACCAUCAAAGAGCUGCAGCAACAGAAGUACACAGAGCAGUUUGUGAGCAAUCUGCAGACCCAGCUAGAGGAGUCGAGGCUGCGCGAGGCCGAACUGCUGGGAGCGCUGAAAGAAAUGCAAGACAAGGUCCUGGACCUGGAGAAGAGAAGCACUUGCCUGCCUGACGAGAACAACAUGGCAGCUCUGCAGGAGGAGGUGAAGCAGAUGAAGUUGAGGGAGCUGGAGACGCUGCGCUCAUUCAGAGAGAUGCAGGACACAGUCACUGAGCUCAACCAGCGCUGGCAGCAUCAUAUGUCCCGUGGCGGCAGCACAGGUGGUGGGGGCGGCCACUGGAAAGAGUCCCCGAAGAAGAACGCCAUGAACGAGCUGCAGGACAAACUGAUGACGGUCAGACUGAGGGAGGCCCAGGCUCAGGCUGAGCUCCGAGAGGUCAAACUCAAAGCCCUGCAGCUGGAGAGCCAGAACCAGAUCCACAGCAAGCUGAUUGGUCGCAAUGACCAGGAACGCUCCGCCCUGCAGGACCGGCUCCAGAUGCUGGCUAAUCAGAACAAAGCUCUCCAGGCCCAGCUCAACGAGAUGAAAAGGAAGCAGGCCGAGUCUGACUGCAAGAGUAAAGAGGAGGUGAUGGCGGUGAGACUGAGGGAAGCAGACAGCAUGGCUGCCAUGGCUGAACUCAGGCAGAAGAUUGCUGAUCUCGAGAUACAGAAGGAGGAAGGUCUGAUCCAGGGCCAGUUGAAUCACUCAGACUCCAGACAGUACAUUAACGAGCUCCGGGAUCAAAUCACUGAGCUCAAGAAUGAGAUCAGGCAGUUGCGAGGGCAGAAGGCGGCCCCCAGCUCCAGGGUCAGCAGUGGAGGCGGAUGUACCAACUACCAGGAUCUGUGUCUGGCCAGCCCCGCCUCCGCCGAGGGGGACUAUCUGAGCUCAGACGAGGACCUCCUCCCCAGCCCGCUGCCUCCCAACGCCCUUUACCCCAGUCUGUCCGGUCCAUGUCACCCAUCUGCCCGCCUCGACAGCGAGGGCAGCACGGACAGCGAGGCAGAGGAGCGGGUUCUGACACAUCCCGACCCACAGCAGCUGUACGGCAGCAUGGUGUGCGCCGAGGCGCUGGAUAACUGAGACCUGGAGGGGGGUGUGAAGGUUGCAUUGGAUUUCUUUGAGCUAAAGAGACACUAGAGCUCUACAGGACGGGACUGCUACUGUAAACUGGAGCUGUAUUAUCCAAUCCAGUGCGCCACCUCGGCUUUUCCAGUGUUUACCUUUUAACUUGAUGCAGACAUAGUGGCAUUGAUCGGACCUCUUGUGAUCAUCACUUCCUGUUGUCUCUCCGCUCUCCCGUUAGUGUCUCCAUCACCUUGUUCCCCACACUGUCCGAUCCUGUGUUCCCUGUCAAAGAGGUAAUGUAAAGCCUCUCUCCUUGUUCCCACGUGUAACCGCGCCAGAAACCAUCUGAACACAAACAUAUGACACACACACAAACAAAAUGGACUGAAACUGGACAAGCAAGACUAGUGUUGCCUAUCGCUGCUCUAGAUCGAACCACUGGGCCUGAACCUGUGACUGACGAGGAGUGGAACAUGGGUAGACAGAAAAGAACUCUUCCCUCUCCCUAUAAACUGAGUGAUAGACACUUGACACACUGUAUGCUCGGUCUACCCUUAUAUGACUCUUCUUCAUGAUUGGUUCAGAGUUAAAUACAUCUUUAUCCUCUCUUUUCCCUUUUUAUGCUCUCAAUAGAAAGACACGCACAAAAAAUCCUAUCAGCCAUCCAUUUACCUCUGUGUUAAAAAGAAAAUGAGUGAGUCCGAGAAGGAGAGGUGCAGUGUAGGAAUACGUACCCGUCAAACUGUAGGGAUAUCGCAAGAUGGCAUUCAUUAAUGAAUCAUUAACACUUUAACAUACUACAGUAAAUAUGUGUGUUGUCUGUGUCUGUGGCUUGUAGAUGGUGAGAAGCCAAGCGAGUUAAAACAACAGCUCAUGUCAAAACACAUUCACCAUAACCCACAGGACAAGGAAGGAAGGAAGAAACUAGACAUUGCCAAAUCUUUUGUUUGUUUUUUAAUUAUUUAUAUGUUAUAAUUUAUUUUGAUAUUUGUUUUAUUUUUUAUAUAUCUAUAUGAAACUAUAGGAGUGUAGAGAUACCGACAGAGACCAAGCCUUCUACACCGUCCUUUGUGCCAACUAGUCGUCUGUUACAGGUUUACUGUGACACCGAGUGUUUCAGAGACGGAAAAUGUGCUGCUAUGAUUUUGGAUUUACUUCUUCCAUUUUGUUCUUUCUGUUGUAAUAUUUUUUUUUUUUUUAUCUUUGUGAGGUUGACAUGCAACCUCCUGUUUACUGCCAUAGAUUAGGAUGACAACUACUGUGCAGACUGAUCAAAUCUGAAAACUGUUUAACUUGAUUCCUCCCUGGAGCUUCAUUUUACAUUUAGCAGUGAUGGGAACAAGUUGGCUUUCUUUUAAAACCAAUCAUGAUCAUUGUUUUUGUGUGAGUUAAAGGAAUAGUUUGACGUUUUAGGACACUUAUUUGCUGUCAUGCUUAGAAUUGGAUGAGAAGAUUGGGUAAAACUUUACUUGAAGUUUUCUACAUAAGAGUGACAUGACACUGUCAUGACACAUGAACCCUAACCCUAACCAUAACUUGUCAUGACAAAAUCGAAUGACCCUUACUAAAAAAGCGUUUAUGACUUGUUUAUAAUGUUUUAUGACACGUUAUUGACAGUGUCAUGUCACUCUUAUAUAGUAAACUUCAAGUGUAACCGAAGAUUGACACUGAUCUCCUAUCUGUCAAAUAGGAUCCACAAACAGGAGGAGAUGGUUAGCUUAGCUUAGCUGGGCAUAGUAACUUCCUGUGCACAGUCAAGAUAAAGUCCAGCAAGUAAACUUGUUUUAUCAGUUUUUGGACGGGACUAAGUAACUGAAUUGUGGCCACGGGUGGUACAUGUAUCAUUGUAAACGCUAAAGGAACAUUAGCACAAGUACAAGAGGUUCAUAAAGUCAAUCACUGACUCAGUAAUGCCAGUUACAAAUAUAAUGCAAUAAUAUCUACCUAAGUUUUGCUAGCGUUAGCUUAGCAUUAUAAGCAACUAGUCCUACUGGGGCAAGUGAGGCUGUAGCAGCUAAUAAAAACCCUGUGAGUAUUAAAUUGAGCAAAAGUUAGCCCUAAUGUGUUAUUUCCCCUUUCAAAAGUGACAUCGUUUUUUUAGUCUCUUCAAACAAACAACAUAAAUGUUAUUAGUUAGAGGUUUAACCUUUGGACAGAGCAAGGUUAGCUGUUUCCUGUCUUUAUGUUAAGCUAAGAUAACCAUCUCCUUGCUGUAGCUUCAUAUUUAACAGACAGACAUGAGAGUGGUGUCAGUCCUCUCCCAAACAUCAAACAGUUCCUUUAAUUAUCAGUGUCCCAUACAAGUCAAAAGAAAUCCAGGUAACAGUGCUGAUCUAGAAUCACCAGGUUAUGUGCAUAUAUCACUUUUUGACAGCUAAAACAGCAGCAUGUGGGCCAAUGAAAGUGGAGGGAGUAGUUCAUAGCAUAAGGAUGCCAACAGAGAGUGUGUGGGUGGGAAAUAUUUUACAUAUCAAACAUUAAUAUAUUCUGUGUAGAAAAAAGGGUGUAAAAUGAAUGGAGAGAUAUGAAAUAUACAGUGUAACAGGAACAAAAGUAUAUGGAUAGGAUUUAAAUCUGUAUCACGGUCAGUCAAGUGUCUUACUGAAGAUGGUGAGUGUGUAUAGUUUUAUCAAACAGGGUGCCAUAUGUAAAGCAGUGAUCUGCUUUUUGCACUACAGGGAAAGAGGAAGUCUCUGCUCAUGUCAUUAAGCAGUGAGAGAUGGUGGGGGCGAACGGAUUCAUGGUAGGAUCAUUUAUUAUUUUAUUCACAUCUUCAGAGGGGCUGUGACGUUAUCUAAGUACUUUGCUCCAAGAUUAUCCAUCCUGACUUUGUAUUGUGCUCCAUGGUUCUUCGGACUGAUGUUGAAGGAUUUUCUCUAAAGGCCCACUUUUACGUGCAAUACAAAUGAAGGACUAGUAAAGGAGAGAAUCAUUCUUAUCUUCUAAGAAAUAAGGAAAUUGGAUCUUCCCGUAAUCACCAUUAAAAAGCUAAAGAGGAUGUUGGUUUGCCCACCAUACUGUUGCAAAUAACAGCCUUUUAGUGGUCAUUGCUGGGUGUAGCAACUGAAAUCUCUACACUGAAAUCAGUGUUUGGAUGUCAUCAGACCAAAUGAGCAUUGUACAAAUGGUGUUGAGUUUCUUCUAGUUCUUAGUAUGUACAGACUGGCAUCGGCUCUGUUGAGCAUGAAAUUUAGGGCCUUUUUACUUUGGAUCAUAAAUGGCAGAAUUUUUCACUUGAAGCUAUAAUCCUUGAGAUCAGUCUAUCAAACCUCAUUCUUUUUUUAUCAUAUGUAUCUAUUCAAGGCAUUUACAUUCUGUAUUUGCCUUCCCAUAUAGUAGUUUUCAUUGUUACUGGUGGUGCCCGUCCUUCCCUUGUGGGAUUCAAAGGAUUUACAGGAAAAGAUAGAUUCAUGUACUGGACAUGAUGCAGAAGACAUAAACUGGUGCAUGCGUGCUUUUCAUGUGCAGUAAUGCAAAAGGAAACAUUGGAUCAUGAGUCGAAAAACAUUUGACAGUAUACUCUGUCAAAAUUGCUUAAAGGCUGGUCGAAUAGAUUUGGAAACCCCUUCCCACCGCAGCGCCCCACGGUCGGACCAGGGGUGAGGUUGUGUCCGACAAUUUCUGUAACUCUCCAAAACUGACGAGCCCAACAUUCACAUCCACUUCAUGCUGGGAUUGAUUGGCCAGCUGUGCAGUGGUGAGAAAAGUAAUCUGGGUUUGAAAUUCAUUGUUGACAACUAUUUCGGUUACUUUUGAUUUGAUUUGUACACAUUAAAUAUCGCGUCUCCCCGUCUUUAUGACUGCAGGCUAUUCGAAGCAGCUAUAAACACUUGCCUUCCGACGUGAUCAGACAACCCAUUUUACUACUUAUUUUCAAGCAUAACUUGACCUUUAGUCUUUAUCAAAACGUUGUCAAGCGGUAAAUCCUCUCAGCCCAUAAUUUGAACGUCUGCACUGUGAACAUAUGGAGAAGUUCUUCUGUUGCAUUUCUGACAGAGUAACCAGUCAAAGCAUGUUUCAAACUGAUCUCGGGGAGCCGUAUUAUUAAAAUGCAUUUGCCACUCCUACUGCUAACCAAGGGUGUUGCCCACCACAGCUGAAAUCUUAAGGACUAUAACUUUAAUAUUUCAGUUUAGAUUUUAGUCAAAAAAUCUAAAUGCAUAAACUAAUUGUGGGAAGCUUUCAUCCAAAAAGAACCCUAAUCUGGACUCAGAUCAGUGCUCAGUGUCCUUCAACACAUUAUAACACACCUGUACACUGCUGUUCAGUGAUGGUGCUCUGUUCUCACCACCGUCUAAAUACAACUCUAUCUACUGUGACGAAACAUUUUGAUAUGUUUGUAAAUUACUUUUGAAUAUGGUACUAGCUCUCAUCCUUAAUAUUAUUUUUAUAAGUACUUUGGUUUCUCAUGCUAACAGCAUUACGUCAUACGAUAAUGAUUAAACAUAAUGUGCCAUAUUGGUCGGUAGAUUUACACACUAUGCUAAACCAUUUUAUGUAUGUUCAAUGGUGGUUUGAUCCAACAAGUCAGUCAGUACAGCCCUUCAUUAAACAGCCAUGUAAUAUAAAGUGAAUUUUGUGUGGACUGAAAUACGAUCACACUGUGUUGCUCCAGAUUUAUCAUCUUGAAACUGGAACAUCCACACACCUUUUCCCUGAUUUAAAGUGGGGAAUUGGACAAUGCAGUGCAAAACAGUGUGUCACAGAUGGGUUUUUCCUCACAGACUGUGUUCGUCCGGGUUAGUCUAGUGUAGGAUUUCUCAGAUGUAUGUACUGUAUGUGACGGCUGUUGGAUAUCCACAGCAUCAUACCCAGGAACCUUGCCCACCCUCUCUCUUUCUGUCUUGCAAUUCAACUGAUGUUGUUAUCAAAUAUAUUAAAUGACAGUACAGAUUAUAUAAAUUCCAGUAUGAUGGGGAAAAAAAAAAAUACAUUUCAGUGUUCUGUAUCCUAUGAAUGAUACAAAAUAAACUUUGACAUUGCACCUUU